CACACAUAUAUUUUCAUAGUAUUUGAUUACAUCACAAUAAUGCUUUAAUCAUUAGAACUAAUUAUGUAUCAAUCAUAUUAUUUAAUCAAAAUCAUAAUUUUAUUAACAAUUUACUCAGUGAACAUUCUACAAGGAUGUAUGAAAUCAUCCAUGUUCUAUCGUACACCAAUACGUACACGUUCACAUGUAUUUCUACCGGGUGAAUAUCAACCGAAACAAUUAGAAAGUAAUUUAGAAGCAAGUGGACCAUUAGAUACAAGAGAUUUUCAUUAUCAAUUUCCUAAUAAACGUUUAGUACGUGUCGAUUCACCAUAUAUUCGAUUUGAUUCAGAAGAAGCUAGAUGGAUGACAAAAGGUUGUCGAGAUCGAUUAAUCAAAUUAUCAACACAGAUACAUAAUACAUGGGCUAAACAAGAAGUUAUUUUACGAGUGAUACGUUCAUGGGUCAAACCACCACCAAAUUAUAAACUUCUUCCACAAGAAGAUAAUUUAGAAGAUAAUCAUGAAGACUCUCCAUUACUUUAUGAGAAAAACUUUAAACCAGAAAGUGGUUCACGUGACCGUGACCCAGUAUUUGCAGGACAUCCAUUAACAGUAUUUUCUGGUCAAAAGACACCUCCAUUUGUGCCGGUUAAAUCAAGACCAUUUCUUGAUGCACCAGUUAUUGAUAUGACACCAGAAAUGGUGGAUGGUGAAUUCAUUCAAAUCCCUACUGAUUCAAAUAAAUUUGGAACACAAUCGAAAGGCUUAAAAUUUCACAAUUUUAUUCCAUCGUCCAAAAGUAUUUCAACACAAACUAAUCGUUGGCCUUCAAUAAAAAAUGAUCCAAAUUAUGUAACACAUCUUUCUUCUUUACCUAGAUCGUCAUCAUCAUCAUCAUCUUUCUCAUCAUAUCCAACACAGAAUCCUCAUUCAUAUCAAUCACCAUCAUCGCCAUCAUCUGGGCAUUUUUAUAAUCCUAAUAAAAUUUCAUCAUCUUUAACCAAUUCAUCAUACAACAGUGUGAUUCGAUUGCCAAGAAAUGUUUUACCGACACAAUCUAAUAAUAAAUUGUAUCAUUUAAAACAAAUAAUUAAUAAAACUGAACCAUUUAAACAAAUUGAUAGAUCAUUGCAUAAAUUAGUUGAACGUUCAGUGAAUACAAUUUAUACAACAAAUAUUCAUCGAAAAUAUCCUCAUUCUAAUCAAAAUUAUUUUAAAAAAAUUGACAAUAAAUUCAAUGAAUUACGUAUGGAAGAAUUUCAUUAUGCUGGUAGAGCUGUAGAUAUGGAAUUGAUUACACAACACUCUGGUAGACCACAUAAUUUCCAUUUACAUUUAGGUGUAUUAGCACAAAUAGCUUAUUAUGUAGCUCAAUUUGAUUGGUGUUUCUUUAAUCGUGCUGGUCAUGUACAUUGUUCUGUUAAACCUGAUUCUAUUGUUACAUCACAAUGGUUUGGAUGUUUCCCAGGUGAAUCAAAAGUAAUUAAAUCAAAUGGUCAUUUAAUAUCAAUGAAAGAUUUACAAAUUGGUGAUUAUAUCAUCACAGAAAAUCCAUUCAAUGGACUUUUGAUAAAUACAUUAGUUUUUGGAUUUCUUGAUCGUGAUGAACAUGCAUGGAGUCCAUUGGUAAAAAUUCAAUAUCAAAUUAAUUCAAAUCAAAAACAACAACAAAAUAUUAUUUAUUUAACUGAAGAUCAUUUAAUUUUUAUUGAUGAUGAUAAUUCAACACAAAUCAAUAACAGUUCAAUGAUCAAUAAAAAAGCGGUGUAUGCAUCUAGUGUUAAACAAGGUCAAACACUUUUAGUUUAUAAUAAUAGAAAUAAUUCUAAACAAUUAAUUAAAGCAGAAAUUAUUUCAGUUGAAAUUAUAAAAUCUGUAACAAUGAAUCAAUCAGGUAAUGUCAAUUAUAAAACUGGUUUAUAUGCACCAAUAACUGAUACUGGUACAAUGAUUGUGGAUAAUGUUCUUGUUUCAUGUUUUGCUUAUAUUUCAAGCCAUCAAUUAGCAUCAUUUAUUAUAUGGCCAUGGAAAUUAAUUUAUAUGUUCUUAUUAAAGAUUGAUAUGUUUUUAAAAAAUUUUCAAAAUAAUCAAUAUGACAGGAUGUCUGCAACUAGUACAAACGAUGGUGUCCCAUGGUUUAUUCAAUGGACUUAUAAGUUAACACAUCAACUUUUGCCUGAAUCACAUUUUUAUAAAAAUACACAUGAUUUGACAUGAAAUGAGCAUUUAUAUCAUGGAAUAAAAAGUAUACUUCACAUUUUUUUCAACUUAAUCUGGUCAUAGAAAUAAAAAAAAUAAAUUUAUAUGAAAAUGUAUCAUUGUCUUGAUCAAACUAAUGAUUUAAUCGAAUUUUACAUGUAAUCUCAAUCAUUUCAUUUCUAUUCUGAUAAAUUUUACGUAUAUACAAAUCACAAAUAUAUGCGACAUAAAAAAUUCAAAAUACUUUUCAAUAUAAAAUGAUUCCUUUUGAACUUCAGUUAUUAUUAUUAUUAUUAUUUGAAAAAUGUGAGCGGUAAGCAUCCUAACACCAUUGUAAAUCUUGAUAUCAAUCACAUUUAAGCUUAUUCACAAAUGAAUACAAAAAAAAUGCUGUUCAUAUUACGAUCAAUGUUCAACAAAUUCAUUAUGUCCUGCAUUAGCACUAUCAUACACAUACAUAUACAUAUAUAUUCGAGAAAGUAAAUCAAUGAGACAACAUUAAAAAUAGUCCAUUCGAUACCUCAUAAGACUAUAUCUUGUCAUCAAUCAAAAAUGUUUGUUAAUGUCAUUUAUUUUCAAAUUUUUAACCGAAAUAAAUUAAUAACCAACUGUAUAUACUUUUGUCAUUUUAAAUAUACAACAUUUUAUG